UAAUUUCUUCAGUCAGUAUCAAUGUAACAUUAAUUUAUUAUGCACACUUUAAACAUUCGUUUUCUGUUAAAUUGAUUUUGACUAAUAAAAUUAUUUGCGUCCUAGUAACAUGCUUAACUUUUUGCCGGAUAUAUUGUUUUGCCAUUUCUCACCACAAACCCUUUCGGCAUGGGAUACCAAUUCAUCGAAUUUGCUUGUUUUGGCAUACGAUUAUAAUUUCAGUUACAAUUGCCAGCAGAUACGAAGUUGAUCGCAAAAGUAGUUACCUCAUAAUAGCUGCGAUAGAAAUAGGGAACAGUCACGGCUGCUACUCGUUUGGAUUUUGUGACAAUUUGAGAAGGGAACCUAAUAAUAUUAAUGUAAAGAAAUUUUGGGCAGGACCUACUCAUACAGUUCAAACAAAGGUCCCGUUAGCGGUAUUGUUUGAUGGGUCAGAAACAUCCCAUAGUUUCGGUUUCCUUGCAGAAGACAAGUACGCAGAAUUAUCUGUACAAAAUGAUGACUUCUAUUGGUACUUCUUUAGAGAAUUUAAGACGUUUUGGCAAGGGAAAAGAAUAACUUCAGACAUUGAAAUAGAUGACACCUAUGGAAAGUCAAUGAAAGCUGUAGACGUAUUUGGCGCAAUUAUUGGCAAUCUAAAAAGCCAGUUAUGUGAGGAACUUUUUCAUAAAUCAACUGGACUGAUUGAAGGAGACAUAUUUUGGAUUAUUGCAGUUCCGGAUUCAUGGCCCCUCGAUGCCCAUCUUUUAAUCCAAGAGGCUGCGUAUAAAGCAGGCAUAAAAAAAGACAGUCUUUCAAUGACAACUCAGUCAGUAGCUGCACUUACUUUCUGUCAAAGAAUGCAUAAAACAGAGAUGGGCGAAGCAUGUGGCACCGAAUCUACUGUUGGUAAUCAAAAAGACAACAUCGUGGUCAUCAACGCAGGACAUGACGAUACGCACAUAUCAGUGUACAAGCGAAAUACAGAAACAGAACAGCUGGAGCUUCAUAAGGCAUAUGAAGGCCCAUGGGGCGGAACCUGUGUCGAUGAUCAGUUGUAUUCAACGCUCUCAGUUGUUAUCGGACGUUCGGUGCACCAGAUGUUAAGAGACUUUAAUGAAAUUGAUAUUUUGGAUUUUCAGCGUACGCUUAAGAGUAAAUGGAUGAGAACACAAAAGUCUCAGAUAAACGUAAGAAUUACUUUGUAUCGAUGCAAAUUUGCACUUUGUAUCAUGCAAGGCAUUCUACAAACGACUAAACCUGACGAGGGGAUCGUUUGGGCUGUAGGCAAGAUUGGAAUAAAAACAGAGACAUAUGAAACCUUCUUUAAACCAUGCAUCGAUAAAAUAGUGCAUCACGUUCAGGAAAUACUUUUAAAACCUAACAGUGUAGAAGCAACUACUUAUAUACUAGUCGGAGAAUUAUCCGAAUCUCCUAUUUUUCAAGACGCCAUAAGGAAAGCGCUACCGAACGGUAAAUAAUUCCACUUAAUCCAAGUGAGGCAGUAUGUAGAGGAGCUGUACAGUUUGCUCACAAACCCUUAAGUGUCACUAAAACACCUCCUAAGUCCGAUGUCUGGUAUGAAUCGGAUCACGAAACACAGACACAUAUACUCCAUUGGGGCAUUAAUCCUUUCUUAUUUCACUGAUUUCAUUAAGAGACUCCCUGUCAUUUCAAACUAGAAAAUUAUUUACAAUUGUGUCAGUAAAUAAAAAUCACACUGUAAAUAAUUUUUGAAAUAUCGCAUUUAUAAUGUUAAGAAUGAUCAGUUUAUUCAUUUUCUUGAUAGCCUGGAAUUAUGUAUGUUUUCUUUUUCAUACAUUUUGCUUAUAUGUACUUGUCGGAUGUUUGAAGCAACCCGUCUGAAAUAUUUUUCCAUUACAGCUUUUUGUUGUGGGCCUACUUUGCAAAUGCGUUGCUCUGGAGCUGUGUUCUAGUGCUCUGUGCUUCCGAGAAAUCUACCCUUAAAUAUUAUGUUUUGCUACCAAAUGAUUAAAAAUGUAGAAAUUGUUGUCAUACUCGAUCAGCCUUACAUUUUGUGAUCGUUGAAAGAUGCUUACACACCAAUGGAGUUAAAAUCUUGUUUCUUUGAUCUUUAAAUUAGAACAAUUAAAACACGUCCAAUUUUCAUUGUGGAGAAAUACCCCAAGUAUUAUAAUGGCAUUUGUUCAGGAACAAAAGGGAACCAACGACCUUUAUUCGAUUUUAUUCGAAGAUAGCUAAAUCAACCACCUGACCACAUAUACCCAACAGUUUAAACAACCAGUUGGAUAUAUAAGAUAUCCUACGAUAUGGUAAAUGAAAGGGUCUCCUACAGAUUUUACAGAUGAACCACUUUCAAAAUUUGUAAAUACACUGGUAAAUGAUAGUUUGCAAAGUAAACAUCUUGAAUACAACCAGUAUAACCUUAGGACGGCCAGCACAUAUUUAUGCGAUCCUGCUUACGCGUGGAUUUCUUUUUUUUUUUUUGCUAUUGUGGAGUCAAUUUUCAGCACUUUCUAACGAAUUGAAAUUACCUGGGCAUUAGUACUGCAUGUCAGCUUUUCAUCUACAAAAAGAUAUUUGAGCUCGGAAUAAACACAAAUCCCACAGGGGUUCGUAACGGACCAAGGGUACAUUGAUAAUUUUGGAACUUCAUCAAAUAGCUCGAAAGGUCGUUUUUGAUGUUGUCUGAGAGUGUCAGUAUAUACCUCGGAUGUACAAUAUAACCGUAUUUGAGAGCUGUAAUAAAUGUUGAUUCUACGGAAGCGUGAAAGGGCCAUCAGACGCUAAUACGUUUUAGUACGUUAAGGCUUCGGACGGGAUAUCACAUACUUGGUUUAGCUUAAACUGUUACAUGUAUUGGUGUCCCCCCUCAGUCAUGUAUUUCCCUGUAGAUUUCUAUCACGUUGAUAGAUAUAUAAUAUGGGCUCGAGACGGGCUUGUUUAUAAAUUCAUCACGCUGAUCGCCUUACCGGAAUUAAGAAAUAAAAAGAUAAAAGGUAAGGGUAGAUUCCGGAAGCAUAGAAACCUCAAACAUAUAUAUAAAGCUAUGCAUGGCAAAGUAGGUUCGCAACAAAAAGAAACUGCAACCGAAUAAUAUAGUAGACGCUCAGCUUAAAAAUCCAACAAAAAGUACAUUUUAAUUAUAUGCAAAAUACAAGAAACGGAUUGAUUAAAGGAUAGAGGUGUUGGGGGAAAGUUGAAAGAAGAAAGGAUGAAUAUUCAACAGAGAAAGCCGCGUUCCUAAAACGCAGUCUCCCUACACCAUUAACCACAGUAAGGUAAUGGGUAGCAGUUUAACAUUUAAUGCUGGUAAUUUGUUUGUUAGUUUUUGGGUUUUUUUUCUCAUAAUAUUAUUCUUGACGAAAUCAGUGUGUUGACCUCCUUAAAACAUAAUGAAAUAGUCAAUAAAUAUGUUUACAGGUUUAACACCCACUUCUUUUUUUGUCUCACAUCUUUAUUUAUUCAGUCUACGCGAAGUGAAACAGUACGUUUUCCAGUCGGAUGUAUCAUAUCCUGUCCGCACUGUCACUUCCAAACUUAUUCUGCAUAUUUCUGUUGGGAAAUCCAUGAUGAAAUCCUUUGCAAACAUUUUCUGGUGUAUGUACAAUGUAUUUGUAAUGAUUACAACUAUUAUAAUGACUAUGUUGACAUUCAAGCAAAAGUUGCCGCCUUAAAAUGUUUUGAA